GGUCAGGUGUGUAAAGGUUUAGUCAAACUUGAGGGUUUUUCUCAUAAAAGCAGAGAACAGUGAUGCAUUUUUGUCUUUACUUUGUCCUGGGACUGCUCUCAUCAAAAGGUUGUUUCUCUGAAAAUCCUGACCCCCAGAAGGUCGUGGCCUUUGCAGGUGAGAAUGCCGUCCUGCCCUGCAGUUUGAAAAACUCUGGCAGCGAUGAUCUGCCUACAGUGGAGUGGUCCAAGGAGGGCCUGAAGCCCAACGUGGUCUUCUUGUACCGCAAUGGCUUUGAGACGUUUGAGAUGAAGAACCCGGCCUUCGAGUUCAGGACGAGCCUCUUCAUGAGGGAGGUGAAAAACGGGAACGUCUCGCUGAGGAUCUGCAACGUGAAGCCGUCGGACGCCGGGAUCUAUCAGUGUUUGAUCAUCCAGAGGAACGGAAGCAGAGAUGCUACCAACAUGCAGCUGGAUGUUGCUGCAGUGUCUGACCCAAAGCUUUCAGUGGAUUCUGUCCAGAACCAGAGAGUGACGGUGGCCUGUGAGGCGACCUGCUGGCUGCCGGCUCCACUGAUGGAGAUUGUGGAUGAAAACGGGAAGAACAUCACAGACACUGUGGAGAUACGAGCAGCAGAUCCCACUGAAUGUUACACAGUGAGGCAAACGGCCAGCGUGCCGAGUCACACAACCAGGAUCGUCUGCAGAGUCAAACAGCCGCAGACGAACCAGAGCAGAACUGCAGAAAUCCUCCUUCCAGCUCAGUGGAUGAGGUCCAGACCCGUCCAGCUCGCCGUCUUCUCCAUUGAAGCGACAGCUGCAGUUUGCUUUCUUGGACUCUGUGUCUGUGGCGUCUGGUGGGCAUGUUCCAAACUCGCUGAGCGAAAGCAGCAAACCCAGGGAAUUUCAUCGGAUCAUGAAUUAAUAGGAGUCACCUGUGAAGGUACGUUCCUACUAAACCCACUAAGUGAGACUGAUGAGGUCGACAAUACGGCAAACAGGAUCAUCGAGAAUCUGCAAACAGAGUUGGCUCAUCUCAAGUUGGAGAACUGCAACAAAGACCAGACUAUCCUGAAACUGUUGGGGAAAAUCCAAUCCAUGCCUGCUGCUCCCCAACACAACCAGCCAAGAAACUCCCCUCACUGGGAUUACCCAAUUCUUCAGGUCUUCAGACCACAACUUGAAGAGCACAGAGUUUCCUGUAACAAAACCAGGCUCCUCAAAACUGCUGAGCUCCCAAAGCCAAAGUGGGAAUCUCGACCUUGGCCACAGAAAACACAGAGUCGUCCGUAUUCACAGCUGCCCAGCUGAGCUGAUUUCAGCACCGGUGGUCCGAUGGGACGAGGAAACCGCUUCCCCGCCUCACAUGGUUCUCCACAGCGACUCACGUCAGAACGCUCGGCUGCUUCAACGCAAACACUCUUUAGGGCUGCUUCCAUCUUUUCCUUCCAAAAACUUUUACUUUCCUCUCCCUCGUUUACCAGAGCAGUGAAGAACCUUUCAGCAAAUGAGUCAAAUCUUUCUUAAUCCAAGUUUACCUCUGAAAUGUGGGCCUGAUGUUUUACAAGAGGAUCAACUAUGAAUUCAUGAGGAUGACUUUCAUACAGUAAAUAAUAUGUAUUUUUGCCGUGUGAUGGUUUAUUGCAAGAUGAAUCACUAUGCAGUCAAGAAAGGUGAGUUCUUGACUGAGUGACUUGAUGUUUUCUUGCCAGAAAAACCUGCUGAAUUUCUAGAAUUAGAAUAAAAUAGAAACAGAAUAGAAAAGAAAUUCCUUCUUCCAGAGAGGAAAUUAUGGUGCAAAUGGAAAUUAAAGCUUGUACAUUCACACAAAAAUAAAAUUAUAAAAAUGCUUGAAAGUGGAAUAAAGAAUUAUGUCUUAAUGCAAUUUAAAUUUUUAA